AUGUGUGAUCUGAAAAUUUGUGCAGCACGUCCUUUUUUUUUUUACUGUGUCAUCUCUUCUCUCCUCCCACUACACAGACAAAAAAAAAACCCUUUCACCAUAAAUACUGCAAACAAAUGCACGACACAUUUGGAGGCAGACAUGGCAGAAAUCAAAAGCUGGGUGUUUUGGAGGGCAGUGGGUGCAGAGUUUGUUGGUAUGCUUCUCUUCAUUUUCAUUGGUUUAUCCAGCAUUAUUGGGAGAUCUGAGAAAGAUCAGGUCCCUCAGGAGCUGAAGGUGUCUCUAGCCUUUGCUCUGGCCAUCGCAACAUUAGCUCAGAGUCUGGGGCAUGUCAGUGGAGCACACUUGAACCCUGCGGUGUCCCUGGGUCUGCUGGUCUGCUGCCAGAUCAGCGCCCUCAAAUGUGUUUUUUACAUCCUGGCCCAGAUGCUCGGGGCGGUUGCAGCCAGUGCAAUAGUGAAUGGAUUGAGGAAGAGUGAAUCUCUCGGUGUCAACCAGGUAAAAGGUCAUUCUUGGGAUCUUUGACAUUUUAAAAAGUUAAGAAAAUAACCCCAUGCAUUUCCAUUUUUUCAUAGAGCUGUGGUUCUGUUUUCUCUCUUGCAGCUGUCACCUGGUGUGACCUUAGAAAAGGGCUUCAUCAUCGAGUUCCUCACCACCUUACAGCUGGUCUUGUGUGUGAUAGCGGUGACGGAUAAGCGACGCAGGGAUGUAACAGGCUCCGCGCCACUGGCCAUCGGUCUGUCAGUGGGACUCGGCCACUUUGCUGCUGUAAGUGAAUAACACUCCUACAACUCAGUGACUAAAAUGAAACUCGAGUGGAUAAGUGCUGAGUGACAGAGAAGGUUCUGUUGAUGGAGGCCAUUCAGAGCAAUAUGAUCGACUGGAAACUGCAAUUUUCAGUGAAUUUCAUGGCUGGAUUUUUAAGACUAAGACAUGUUGAUGCCUUAAUUUUUCAAGCGAUAUCAAGAGAUGUGCUUCUCUGUGUUUGUCAGGGUCUGUUAAAGACCACUCUUCCUCUUUGUCAGUACACCCUUCCUCUUUGGCAAGAUUGAAGUCUUUUCCAUCAUGCCUCGUCACAUCAUUUUGUAGAUAAUGUGACUAAUUCGCCAGCCGGUUCAGGAAGCAGUUUUAGCAAGUCACAAUUGCAACAACAGCUGCACAAGAGAUGAAGUUAAACAUUCUGUAUAUUACUGGCAACUUUGAACAUCAGUGGGUGUAUUUUUCUGUCAGUUACACUUACAAAAAGUAAACUGCCUUCAAUGCAAAUGUUGAUGAAUCUUACAAAAUGCAGCCCUGGAAACAGUUUCUAAAAACACAAGGAUGGAUGUUAAAGUAAAGAGACUCAGAAUUAGACUCGAUAUUUGUCAUUUUCUGUUUUACCAUUUAAUUUAGUAGUCACUUCAGUCCAAAAUGACAUAUCUGAGAGUAAAAACAAUACAAGCAUAGAACAUUCAUAAAACUGUAGAUGUAAAACACUAAACCACUCCAUUUAAUCAGUCUAUAAUGCCAACCCUCAUGGAUCUACAAAACAUCAGAAAUUCAGCUCUAGUGUUCCAGAAAUUGACCACGUGUCAUCUCAAAGUUGCUUUUUUCUUUUACGACUUUAUCUCUAGAAAUGUAUUCUGCCUUUUCACCCAACCUUCAAAGACUAAAUCUGCUACAAAGAAGUUCCUUCUCCUCUGCACAACUCAAAUCCUUAUAUGUAUCUACUCUUGCAAUCACAGAUCUCUUUCACUGGAUGUGGCAUUAACCCCGCUCGCUCUUUUGGACCUGCGCUGAUACGUAACGAUAUGAAGAACCACUGGGUAACAUCACAAGACAGUUCAUCUCUCUAACCUCUAACUUUAUAUCUCAUGACGUCAAAGACAAUCAUACCUGAUCUCUACUUUCCUUCCAGCUGUACUGGCUUGCGCCCAUGUGCGGCGGCAUAGCUGCGGCUCUUCUCUACGAUUUCCUCCUGUAUCCACGAAUAAACAACCUAAGAAGACGCAAAAACAUGCUGCUUUAUGGUUCAGAAGAUGGAAUUGAUGCGGCUGAGGUCACUGUAGGAGGAGAAGGAGGCAGCCCGGAGCCGAGUCAGUGGCCGAAACAAUAA